AUGUCUCUCCUCGGAACUAUCGGGCCUAGGGUCCCUCUUUUUCUUCCUUUUCCUUGUGCAUCUGUGGUGCUAGAACUAGUGUACGAAAUCCUGAAUCUGAAUGCUGUGGCAUACAACUUUAGAAAAGUUGUCUCACCCCACGUUCCAACUUCCUCGGAAGAAUGUUCCUUCUCCCUUCGAAAGAAGCACUCACUGCAUAGCCGUAUCGGUACACGUAUGACAUGUGCUGAGAAGCAACUCGAUGCUGCCAUCACCGAACUACUCAUGUCUGUCCCGUUCACUAUCCCGGGACGGGACGUAUAG